UAAAAGAAAAAAAAGAAAAAAAAACCGGAACUAAAAGCGCUUUACACUGAGGAAGGGAGAGAGAGUUUGUAGAGAGAGAGAGAGAAUGGAAAAGGAACAAGCGACGCCGCUGCCGUCGUCGUCGGGGCUAUACGGAAGAGGAGGACAGAGAGGCGGCGGCGGAAAGUUCAGGAAACCACCGAUUCGGAGGCCUCCGGCGACUCCCUACGACCGUCCGCUGCCCAAUCAAUCCCAAGUCGCCGCCCAGCGCCCCGACGGCGGCUGGUUGUCCAAGCUCGUCGAUCCCGCCUACCGCCUCAUCUCCGACGGCGCCACCAGAAUCUUUCCUUCCUUCUUCUCCAAAUCACCUCUCGCCACCCCCUCAAUCUCCCAAAAUCACGAUAAUGAGGACAUAGAGGUAAAAGAAACAGCCUACGAUGAUGAUCAAGGAUGCACUUCAAAUUAUGAAGUAUUCGAAUCUACUGGAGGAAUAAAUCCCAGGAAAGGAGCAGACAAAUUGAAAGGCAGUUCUGACUUUGAUCAACUUGGACCAGACAAAAUAAACAACUUACUUGAUGGUCCCGACUUUUCGAAAAUUGAGCAGCUGGUGAAAGGAAGAAGGUUUUCCAGGGAUGAGAUCAAUCAUUUGACAGAGAUAUUAAAUUCAAGGGUGGCUGAUCUUUCCAAGGUUGAUCCAGAGGACAAGAAACCAAACAUGGCCACUAGAAGAGAAGGUGAAGAGGCUGUAAUGGCCCGUGAAAACCCAAGAACAUCUGCUGAAGAUAAGCAUGAUGUAUUGAAUACAGCUGCACCGGGAACCUCAAUGCCUUUGCUUCAAUCAGCUAAAUAUUAUGAAAUUUUGAAGGUCAAAGAAGAAAUUGGUGCUUCACCUGUUGAUAUUGCAAGAGCUUAUAUGGGCAGUCGAGUAUCAGAAGUUGGUGCUGAUUUUAAGAGGAUAAUAUCCAAAGAUGAAAGAGAUGUACUACACGCUGAUGGAUUUGCAUCUGAGCCAUUAAUUCCAUCACCUUCAGCUAAGUCAUCUGUGUGUUGGCCAGGUGCCAUGGUACAAGAUCAGCAUGGUUAUUCAACCCCGCAAAGCAUAAAUAGCAGUAGCAGAUACAGGCUUCAUAACUUUCCACGAACUCCAUAUUCCAGAACUAUAUAUUCGAUGUCCAAGUCCAAGCUGACUCAUUCGCAAGCUGAUAAGAAUAGGUACUUGUACAUAUCGUCAAGUCCCCGGCAGCAACCUCAAACUCCUCUCUAUGAACAGUCAAAGGAUGAAGUACGUAAUGACAGGAAUGGAUCAGUGGGACCCAUUCGUCGUUUACGGCAUAAGUUUACGUCAGAAGCUCCACCCAGAGGAUCUGUGUCUUUUCGUUUAUCUCAAAACGGUCCUCCACAUGCGGAAAAUUCCAGUGCUUCUAAAGGAUUCUUGCCUUCUAUAAAGAGGAAUUUGGAAGCAGGAACAAGCACCACUACAGAGUUCCAGUCCGUAGACAACAUGAAAAACAAUUCCGAAGUCGGAAUCCCAACUCUUCAGACAACGAAUCCUGCUGUUAGAGCAAUAUUGGAGCACCUUGAUAGAAACACACCCACACCUAGAGAGAAGUCAGCUGAGUUGCAGCUAGCGACUGCAUGCAAGAAAUCUCCGUCUUCGGAAGUAGCUAAUGCAAUGCCUAAAGAACGUACCAGCUUGCCACAUUUUGAAGGGUUUAAUUUUCAUAAGAACACAAGUCUUGUCAACAAGGAAUCUUCUGCUCAAGAAAGAAAUAGAGGCAACUCAAACUAUCAAGUAAAACCUCAGGAGAGAAGUACUAGUGAAGCUACUGAUGUUGUGAAUAAAGGUAUCGAAGCUUUAAGUUCUGUCAACGAAACUCAUGAUUCUCAAAUCAAGGGCACACUUGAGACGGCUUCCCUGGGGUUCCCUGACAGCAGACAGAAAGGCUUGAACGAGCUUCGGCCUCAAAUUAGAGGACAGGGCAUUGCAAAUAUGGCUCCAACCUAUGCCGGCUCUGAGUCACUAAAAAAGCCUCCAUUCCACCCUACAGGGACGAAGCCAAUUUUGGCUUCUAUUUUUGUCGACAAGCCAAACCUGAGACGGACCGGUUUUUCAGAUAAUGGCUCUGGAUUCACGUUCCCUGUUUCCGCGUCUUCUGGUGUACUCUCUGAGCCACCAACACCGUCUAUCAUGCCAUCUACUUCAGCCAGUGGGCUGCCUCAACUGAAGGACGGGCCAGCAAUUCCAUCUUACACUUUUGGCACAAAGAGGUCUACCCCGGCCCUCGUUUUUUCCCUUCUACAAGCAAUGCCUCGAUGCAAGAUGAUGCGUCAAAUAUUAAGUUCAGCUUUGGAUCAGACAAGAGUCGGAUAUCUUUGAGGUCAGUAGGAAAAGAUGCCAUUUGCUUUUAACCGUAACAACAAUAGCAUGCUUAAUUCCAUCUUCCUUUUUUUUUUUUUUUUCAUGAAUUUGUGGGAUUAUGACUGAAUAAGUUGUGUUUCAUGCUGUUGCCCCAUUCUUAGGAAAUUUAUUUUUAUUUUUUUGGAACAAAAUUCUUAGAAACCUGACUCAUGUUUGAUGAACUAUAGAACCCUUUUAAUGAUAGCAUUAGAGAUUAAUGAGUUUGUCAAUUAUUGAAUGUUGAUUGUCACUCCCUCAAUUUCAAA